AUGAAGACUAUUGAAGAGACAUACCAAAAAAAGACACCUGUGGAGCAUAUUCUUCUUAGACCUGACUCCUAUAUAGGAUCUGUAGAGAAAGAAAUGCAACAGAUGUAUGUAUGGGAUGAGGAUAAUAGCAAAAUGGUGUUCAAAAAUAUAGAAUAUGUGCCUGGAUUGUACAAGAUAUUUGACGAGAUAAUUGUAAAUGCGGCAGACAAUAAGAUACGGGAUCCUAAGAUGAAUGUCAUCAAAGUUUCCAUCGACCCCGAGAAAAAUGAGAUAUCUGUGUACAACAAUGGGAGGGGGAUUCCUGUCAGAAUCCAUAAAGAGGAAAACGUGUAUGUUCCCGAACUUAUUUUUGGAAAUCUAUUGACAUCGUCGAACUACAAUGACGACGAGAAGAAAGUCACAGGAGGAAGAAAUGGAUAUGGAGCCAAAUUAUGUAAUAUAUUCAGCAAGGAAUUUAUAGUGGAGACAGCGGAUUGCGAGGUCAAGAAAUACUACAAACAGAGAUAUAGAGACAAUAUGGGAAUCAAAGAAGAGCCUGAAAUUAGUAGAUAUACCAAGGAGGACUUUACAAGAAUAACAUUUAAACCCGACCUCCGGAGGUUCAAAAUGAACAAGCUGGACGAUGACACGGUAUCGUUGUUGAAGAAGAGGGUUUAUGACCUUGGAGGAAUUGUCAAGGAUGUAAAGAUAUUUCUGAACGAGAAGAAAAUUCCUGUCAAGGGCUUCAAGGAAUAUGUAAAGUUGUACAUUCCAUCCGGGGUUAAUAUUGUGCAUCAGGUUAUUAAUGACAGAUGGGAACUGGCUCUUACUACGAGUGAAGAGCAAUUCCAGCAAGUAUCAUUUGUCAAUGCAAUCUGUACCUCGAAAGGAGGAAGCCAUGUCAACCAUGUUGUUGAGCGUAUUGUGGAUCCGUUGUUGGAAGCAAUACAGAAAAAAGAAAAAGGACUUUCUGUAAGGCCAUUCCAGAUCAAGUCGUGCAUGUUUAUAUUUGUAAAUUGUCUCAUUGAGAACCCAGCAUUUGAUUCACAGACGAAGGAAAACCUUACCUUGAGAGUAUCAGCUUUUGGCUCGAAAUGUGAACCGAUAUCGGACUUUGUGAAAAAUGUUAUAAAGAACACAUCACUGGUUCAAAAGGUGACUUCGUUUGCAAAGGCUAGGCAAAGCCAGCAGCUAAAGAAGACGGAUGGAGCUAAAACAAGUAGGCUUUCUGGAAUUCCCAAGCUUGAAGAUGCCAACUUUGCAGGAACAAGCAAGUCGAAGGAUUGCACUCUGAUAUUAACCGAGGGGGAUUCUGCCAAGACAUUAGCUGUUUCGGGACUCAGUGUGGUUGGAAGAGACAUCUAUGGGGUCUUCCCUCUUCGAGGAAAGCUGCUGAAUGUUCGAGAGGCAUCUCACAAGCAGAUAAUGGACAAUGCAGAGAUUUCAAACAUAAAGAAGAUCCUGGGCUUGCAGCACAACAAGAUCUAUGAAGAUGUGUCAAGCCUUAGGUAUGGGCAUAUUAUGAUAAUGACCGAUCAAGAUCACGACGGUAGUCACAUAAAAGGCCUUAUAAUCAAUUUUCUGGAUCACUUCUAUCCUUCUUUGCUGAAGAUACCGGGUUUCCUUCAGGAGUUUAUCACGCCAAUUGUAAGAGCCUCAAAGAAGGGCGAGGUCAAAGACUUCUUCACAUUACCGGAGUACGAGGAAUUCAAGAAGAAUUCCGAUGGAUGGAAUAUCAAGUACUACAAGGGAUUGGGAACAUCUACAAGUGCAGAUGCUAAGCAAUAUUUUAGCAAUCUUCCGAUCCAUGUAAAGUACUUUACCCCAUUGAUUGAAGAGGACAAGGAGCUUAUUGACCUUGCGUUCAACAAAAAGAAGGCAGAUGCAAGAAAGACAUGGCUUCUAAACUUUGAGCCCGGAACAUUUUUAGAUCAGUCGCAGCCACAGAUAUCGAUCUCAGACUUUGUUAAUAAAGAGUUGAUCUUGUUCUCCAUGGCAGACAACAUUCGCUCUAUUCCGAGCUUGGUGGACGGACUCAAGCCGGGACAAAGGAAGGUGAUGUUCAGCUGCUUCAAAAGGAACCUUAGGUCUGAGAUAAAGGUGGCACAACUGGUAGGGUAUGUAUCCGAGCAAUCUGCGUAUCAUCAUGGAGAACAAUCUCUUUGUUCCACAAUUGUGAACUUGGCACAGGACUUUGUUGGGUCGAAUAACAUAAAUCUUCUGCUCCCGAUUGGGCAAUUUGGGAGUAGGCUUCAAGGAGGAAAGGAUGCAGCAAGUCCUCGUUAUAUCUUCACAUCUCUAUCUCCUUUAACAAGGCUUAUAUUCAAUGAGAAUGAUGACGCAAUCCUCAGCUAUCUCAACGAUGACAAUCUCUCAAUAGAGCCGGAGUUCUAUGUUCCCAUUAUUCCUAUGGUAUUAGUUAAUGGAGCCGAGGGGAUAGGGACUGGAUGGAGCACCUCUAUUCCGAACUUCAAUCCAGUGGAUGUGGUAGAGAAUAUCCGGAGGUUGAUCAGAGGCGAAGAUCCUGUGGAGAUGAUUCCCUAUUACAGGAAUUUUAGAGGGACGAUUGAAAAGGUGGGAGAAGGAAAAUACCAGGUUUCAGGAAUAUAUGAGGGAGACAUGGACCUUGAAAUCUCCGAACUUCCUGUUGGGACAUGGACUCUAAAUUACAAGGAGUUUUUGGAGUCUCUUGUGCAGGCUGGAGUUGUAAAGGACUUCAAGGAAUACCAUACAGAAAAGACAGUAAGCUUUUCGGUCAAGCUUUCAAAGAGCAUCAGCAACCUAAAGCUAAGCACAACCAUCACCAUCAACAACAUGGUUUGCUUUGAUGAAAACCUUGGAAUUAAGAAGUAUUCGACGCCUCAGGAGAUUCUGAAGGAAUUCUAUGAUGUUAGACUUAGAUAUUAUUCAAUAAGGAAGGAAAACAUGUUGAAGGUAAUGAAAGAAGAGUUGGUGAAGUUGGAAAAUAAGGUUAGGUUUAUAAAAGAGGUUUCAACGGGUGAGCUUGUAAUUAGCAGAAGGAGAAAAGGGGAAGUUAUAUUUGAUCUUGAGUCGAGAAGAUAUGCAAGAGUUGACGAUUAUGAAUAUCUUCUGAGCAUGUCAAUAUUAAGUCUUACUGUAGAGAGGAUUGAGAAAUUAAACAACGAACAUGCAAAGAAGCUUGAGGAAUAUAACAAACUGGAAAGUAAAACUCCCAAAGAACUGUGGUUGGAUGACUUAGAGGUCUUUGAAAGAGAGUAUCUGAAGAUUGUUGAGAGAGAAACUAAAGAAUAUGAUGACGAGCUAAAUGGAUGUGUUCGAAAGAAAGGGAAAAAGCCAAAGUCUCGAAAAGAAACCACUUACAGGCCAAAGAAGGCAAAAAAGCCCAAAUCCCCCCAAGUAACGGAGAACUCCAGUGACGACAAUUCCUUAGAGGAAAAACCUUGGAAGAAGUACAGCCUCAUAUAA